CAAUUUCUCACUUCUCCUCAGCAGAACAGCAGCUGGAAGGGAGCGUGUGUGACUGCAGAGGGGAGCUGGGGUAGUGCCAGUGUGCAUCGCUGGGUGAUGUCAUGGAAUAGCUCGUCAGUACCUCCUCUGGGUGAAUUCAGAGCUUCUGGUCCUGAUAGGUUUAUACUAAAGCCGUCAGUAAAUGUGCUGGGGUAGUGCCCGGGAGAGCAGGUACAAAGCUGAGAUCGGUGUGUCUGCAUCAUGCAUCCCUGUGAGGAAGCAUGGGUAAUGUGCAAGCAAACAGCAAACAGUGGGUGUAAGCAGCUCGCUUGCAGGGCCUGUGGCUCCUGCAGAGACCUGGGAGGCAGGGUCAGCAGUUCUCCCUUCUCGCUGCUCCCACAGGUGCGUUGUGAGCAGUUCUGCAGAGCAUCCACACCUCCAGCGCUCAGGUUUGCGGUGCUGAGCCCUCGCGUUGACCGCUGGGGGAGCGCGGGGGAAAUGAGGUGGCUUCUGUGGCUCCCUGCUCCCUGGCCUGCUUCCUCCUUGUUUACGUUGGUGGAGGUGGGAGACGGAAGAGCGCAGACCACAGGGCUGGAGCCGGUCCAGGGAUGCGUGUGGGAGCCUGGGAAGUGGAUGUGGCCAAGCCACUGACCAGCACCCCUCUUCCCUUCCUGCCCACCCCAUGCUUCCAGAAAUGGCCUUUUGCUUUCUACUAAGACCUAUUUCUGCCUUCCCUCUGGGCCCUGGGGGUAUGCUCGCUUGUAGGUUAAAUGAAGGAUUCUCUCCUGCAGUUACUCUGUGUUGGAGGCUGUGUCCUCAGCCAAACAGCUUCCUUUUCCCAGCCUGAAGGUUUUGUGCUUGCAGCUGUCAUGCUGGCAGCUCACCUGGGUCCCAUUGGGCUGCUGCUCGCUCUGCUGGGCUAUUUCCUUCCACCUCCCGGAGGUGGCUGCAGCUGUCGGUGUGAGAAUCGGUGAAGGGGAAUGAGCCAGCAAGCUCCAUACUCUGCUCAGAGUGGUUUGCCCUGUGAAGCAAUGCUCAGUGCUAUAGGCUUCUCCAGAUCCCCUCUUUCCAAGGGUGACGUGUGAUGAGGAUGCUACGGGACCUCCCAGCCCUGCAGCCACCCCCAGCCAGCUCCUGCCCUUCUGCCGCUCGGUGAGCGCCCUUGGGGUGGGCUGGGGACCGGGAGGGUGUCUGCAGUUUUUUGUUGGUGCUGGUGACCUCGAGUAACACCCUGGGAAUUUUGCCCCACUGCGGAGUUUCUGACAUCUGCUCUGGUUCACUUGUACGCUGAGUGCUUCUCUCUUUUCCUUCUUGAUUUUUAGACUUCAAACUUCCUUGAAAAUGCAGGAAAUGAAACCACAGGGCCUUUUUGUGAGUGAUGUGGGAACGCUGAGCCUCCUUCCAGAGAAGAAAUGAAAUUCAGGCUAAAAGCAAAAAAGAAAAAUCUCCCAGGCUGUGUGCGCUGGCCGCAGGAGCGUGGGGCCUGCUGCGAGCAGAUGUCCUAUGGGCUGGGGUCACCCAGACAGUGAUGUCUCUGGGAGGGGGAUUAAGGAGGCCUGGAUGGGGAAGGAGGGCGGAAGCUGUCCAGCACACCUUCAUGUUGACUUCCACAUCGGCUGGGAGCUCCCUGUGUUGAGAUGGCAUGGACCUGCAGCCAGGUGUUGUGUUUGCCCAAAUCCUGAGCAGCCGCAGAGGUCACUGAGCAUCCCAAUCUCACCUGGGCAUUGCAAGAGGCUGGGUGCUGGUGUCCCGAGGCAGGCCCCUGGCAUCUGAAAACAGUGUCAGCCUGAGCUCGGGAUGCUGAGAUCGACAUCGGCCACUUUCUUAUUCUUCCCCUGCAGGAAAUGCGCUGAGGUUGAACCCAACCACCACGAGCAGCCUUAGGCUGGUCCCGCUGAGCCCUGGGGCCCUGCCCGCGGCCCCCACCCUGCGGUUCCUUCUUGCAGCCGGGGCUGCCCGCGGGUGCACGACCUGGGGUGUGAACGCCUCGCCGCGCUCUCUGCCUCCAUGUGACUGCAGUUUCCGUUCGCUCCUUCCGCAAAGCCCAUCUUAGCGCUCAGCAGAAAGCGGGUGGGAGAGCACCCCAGCGGCUCGCAUCCGGGCCUAGCCCCACAGAUCCCCCCCAGCACAGUGGAGGGGCCACGGGCCGCAGGAUGAGCUGCUGCAGGCCCUGCGCGCUGCCACGGGUGGAGCGCUGCUGCUGAGAUGGAGGCCCCGCUGCCUGUUCUCUCCCUGCUGCUGGUCCUUCUGGCAGUAGGAUGGGGAGUUGGGGCGGGCGCAGCGUGGGCCAUGUCUCCUGGUGGUUGCGAGCGCGUGAAGAGCACCACAGACUGCAGGAGGAAAUGGUUGAGCUCUGUCCCUGGAAAUCUGCAAGGUGACACUGAAGAGCUGUUGCUGGAUGACAACACUAUCCAGGUCCUGGGCCAUGCCUCUCUGCUCUCGUACCACCAGCUGAAGCAUCUCAGCCUGACCAAGAACCGGAUGGAGCUCAUUGAGCCUGGUGCCUUCCUGGGCAGCCAGAGCCUCCAUGCGCUCUCCUUGGCAGACAACCUCCUCUUCACCAACUACUCUCUGACAGCAGCUGCUCUUUCUGCUUUGCCAGCCUUGAGGACACUCGAUAUAGCUGGAAACCAGCUCACUGAGGACAUGGCAUCUGUUUUGCUCAGCAACCUGUCUUCCUUGGAGUCCUUGUCUGUAGCCAGGAACAUCAUCAUGAGACUAGACUCAUCCGUCUUCACCAACCUGACGCAGCUCUUGGAGCUGAACCUGGAGAGGAACUAUAUCUUUGAGAUUGACCAAGCUUUUGAAGGGCUGCAGAGGCUGCAGAGGCUCAACAUAGCUUACAACUACAUGACGUGCAUUGUGGACUUCAACCUGACCCAGCUCCGAGUGCUCAAUGUCAGCUACAAUAUCAUUGAGUGGUUUCUGGCCCUGGAAAGCGAUGACCUCUUUGAGCUGGAGGUGCUGGACCUGUCUCACAACCAUCUCCUUUUUUUCCCCGUGCUACCCCGGCAGAGCAAGCUGCACUCCCUGCUGCUGAAGGACAACAAGAUGAGCUUUUACCAGCUUCUUCCCAACGGCACGUCCCUGGAGAACGUCACUGUGCAGUUCCUGCUCAUUGACGGCAACUCCACCAACAUCACGACGGUCAAGCUGUGGGACGAGGUCUGCUACAGCAACCUCUCCUCCCUGCGCCUCCUGGACAUGAGCCAGAACCAGUUCUGGUACCUGCCGGAGGGCUUGCUGGCCAAGAUGCCCGCCCUGACUCACCUGAAGCUCAACCAGAACUGCCUGGAGACCUUCCACCUGUCAGAGCGGGACCCCUUGGCCAUGCUGACGGACCUGGACCUCAGCCAGAACCUGCUGACAGAGCUGUGGGAGGACGUGGGCACUGGGCCCGCCCUGCCCAGCCUGCAGCUCUUCAACCUCAGCACCAACAUGCUGCGGGCGCUUCCUGCCGGCAUCUUCACCCACACAAAGCAGAUCACUACAGUUGACCUCAGCCACAACCACCUCGACCUGUGUCCCCGGCCAGCUGUUGCGGGCCGGAGCGCUCCCUGCGUGGACAUCAGGGGCCUUGCCACCCUGACCCGCCUCUCCUUGGCCGGCUGUGGUCUGCGGGACCUGGGCGGCCACCCCUUCCGAGGGACGGCCCUGACGCACCUGGACCUCUCCGACAACCGGGAGGCUCUGUCUGGGGACCUGAGGUGGCUGCGGGACCUGGCUGUGACGCUGCAGGUGCUGUCCCUCCGCAACACCAACCUCUCCUCUGCCACGGUGGACUUCUCGGCCUUCCAGAGCCUGGUGGGCCUGGACCUGUCGGGGAACACACUGACCGCCCUCCCUGCCUCUCUGGGCGCACUGAAGCUGCGCAGCCUCGACCUGCGGGACAACUGCCUGGCGGCUCUGCCUGCAGACGUGGUGUGGAGGCCACUGGGGAGGAGCCUGCAGGAGCUCUACCUCAGCCGUAACCCCUACAACUGCUGCACGCUGGGGUGGUGGGAGGCCCUGCAGCGCGUGGAGCGGCUUCACGUCCCCGACGGGCAUGAGGUGACGUGCAACUACGACUCGCAGCGGCUGAGUGCGUGGGCGCUGCCCGAGCCCGUCCUGCGGGACUGCCGCUGGCGGACAGCCAACAUGGCCCUGCUCUACCUGGUGCUUGCCCUGCCCACCUGCCUGACGCUGCUGGUGGCCUUCACUGUGGUCUUCCUCACGCUGAAGCCAAAGCUGCUGAAAAUGGUGAAGAGGAGGUGCGGGGUGUCCGGCCCAUACUGAUGGCUGAGGAGGAGGAAGGGCCCUCUUGGGAGUGAAGGUGAGCAGGCGGAUUGAGGAUUGAGAACUUGCAUCCAUCUGGUGGCCCAGAAGUGGCGUUUUGGGCUGCCUGGGUGCUUGCUUUUAUUUAUUCACACCGCAACGGUCACCCUCCAUGUGUGACCAUAGGGAUGUGCCCGGAGGCCAACACGAAACUGGCACUUGCACAGGUAAACUUCCUUAGCGAGUGUUUCACUUCUGUGUGUUUUGGAGAGCAAGGAUUGCAAUCCACAUGUGAAAAGGUAAAAUAAGGAAGAAGGGCAGCUCUAUCUCGCUGGAUCUGCCAGUGAACCUUCAGCCUUAGGGUAAACCACUAAGAACAAAAGGACUGGAACAGUGACAGUUCCCCCAGCAGCACGGUCCCUGUCCCACGCUGCACUGGUGGUGGCACCACUGCUGGCAGUGCCCGCUGUGCCAGUGAGACAACAACCUCAAACCUCAGUGAUGUACAAUACUGGCUGAAGAAGAAUAAAUUAUAUUUCUGGUAAUGUUCUUUCCUCUGUUUAUCUCUCCCGGUUGCAGUGUGCCCUGUGAUCAAUGGGGCAAGCUCUGAGCGUGGACCUACAGGAGGGGAUGUGGCAGUAGCAGAGCCAAGCACGGCACUGGAAAGAUUUGGACAAGGCUGUCACAUCCACCAUUGCCCUUGCCCAUUUUUUUUUGGCCCUGUUUCAUCGAGAAAUAGCCAAAAGCAGAUCAGGUGCCAGCUGGGGAAUCCCUCAGCCUAUUUCAGCUGCUCUUCUGCUCAUGUGCAGCUCACCCAAGGGACAGUGUGGACCUACAGUGACAGCCCUGGGAUGUCCUCCAGCAGCCCCUGCUGGUACCAGGCACCACAGCCACAUUUUGGCAUCUCUCCGCCAGCUCUGGCCUUGAUAUGUGGAUGCACUGUCCUCACUUGUAUUCUUGAAGCCAGGUGAGACUGUCAUGGUCUGGAUAGGUGGGCAAGUGGGACAUAAAAUCGGUGGGAUGAGCAGGCACGGAGGGUAGCUGGGAUUUGGCAAUAUUCACGCAAAAAGCCACGGCAAAAAUCUGGUUUUAACAAAUCAGCAUCCUCAGGCAAUGGGAGAUGCCAGCAUUGCUCAAGAUGCAAAACAUGGAGGGUAAGAACAUGGGCCGUGUGGCCUUAAUAAAUGAGUAUACCGCAGGAAGCGUGCGCAGCGGAAGAGAUGAUUAAACACAGAUUUGAUGACAGGCAAACUGAAAGCCCAUUUCACAGAAAAGCAACCUUGACCCAACAAGAAAGCAGAGUGAAAUGUCCAUCAGCGUGCCUCAGGGCCGGACUCUGCACCUGGUCCUUGGGUCACUGCAGGUAUUUUUAUAACUUUAUUUUACUCUAAAACCACUCCGAGGCUUUGUGACUUUCUACUGUUCUCUCUCGCUCUGUAUAUAUAUUUUCAAAUAAUGUAAGGACAUUUUCCCAGAGCUGAGCGUUUACUGAGGGAGCAGCAUCCCAUGCAGUGUAAGGAAGGAAAAUGUCUCCCUUUGU